AUGGAUGAGUACUUACGGAAUAAAUAUUUGAAAAAACAGAUAAAGAAAGAAAAACGACAUAUAAAACAAAAAAAUAAUAUACAAAUUCAUGAUAGUGAUGAAGAAGAAAGGAAUAUUUAUAAUUCCAUAAAAAAGGAUGACCAAGGUGAACAACUGAUUAUAAAAUCAGACGCAAGUUCAGAUAUCCCUUUAGCUGUUAGUGAAAGUAAAACAAUGGAACUGAUACAACUGUCGAAUGAAAACAAAAAAAAAAUUAUGCACAUAUUAGAUUGUAAUUCGUUAGUAGACUCAUCGGAUAAUAAUGCUUUAGUGGAAGUAUCGGAUAGCAAUGCAUUAGAAGAGGCAUCGGACAGAAACACGUCAUUAAACACAUCAGAUCAAAUAAAUAAGGAUAAAAAAAAGGGUGGAUACUUAAAAAAUUUAUUCAAAAUUAAAAGAAGAGCUAGUCGGGAAAAUCGCCCCCAAGGAAAAGAGGGUGAUACUUCUAAAAGGGGAAGUGUAAACAGAGGAGAACAUGCAUGGAGGAGUAUUAAACCGAAUAAUAAUGGUAGUAGCAGUCGUAGUAGCAGAAGCAGUAGUAGUGACAAGUGCAAUGCCGAGGAAUACGUAUCCAAUACAUCUCCCACUGGAAGACGAAUUUAUGCUUGUAGUGAAACCAGCUCUGACAUAUCCGUGUGCAGAAGACGAAGGGAAAUUAGCAGAUCAAGGAGCUUAAGCAGUUCCGACAUUUCUGUGCGCAGGAGAAGAAAAGAAUAUAACAAAGGCAGUAGCAGCAGAAGUAGUAGGAGCAGCAGAAGUAGCAGAAGUAGCAGAAGUAGCAGAAGUAGCAGUAGCAGCAGAAGUAGCAGAAGUAGCAGUAGCAGCAGAAGUAGCAGAAGUAGCAGAAGUAGCAGAAGUAGCAGAAGUAGCAGAAGUAGCAAAAGUAGCAAAAGUAGCAAAAGUAGCAGAAGUAGCAAAAGUAGCAAAAGUAGCAAAAGUAGCAAAUGUAGCAGAAGUAGCAGAAGUAGCAGAAGUAGCAGAAGUAGCAAAAGUAGCAAAAGUAGCAGAAGCAGUGAUGGUAAUUCUGAGACGUCAUCCCCUCGAAGGCUUCGGAGGAGUGAUGGUAAAAAAAAGAGUUCGGAAAAAAGUAAAAAAAAAAAAAGGGUCGAGGGAGGAGUUCAAUCAACAUAUUCAUCUUCGCGGAGUUCAAAAGCCUCUUUAUCUGAAGAAGAUAAAAAUAAGACAAUGAAAUUUGUUUAUUCGAAAGAUACCAAAUUUGCAAAAGAUAAAAAGGAUGAGGGAGUAAGUAGCACUGUUUAUAGAGAUAAGGAUGGAAAAAUAAUUUCGAGGGAUAAAUGGAUCAGAACACAAAAGAAAAAAAUGAAAGUUAUGUUUGGAAAGAAUAUGAAAAAUGGAAAAAAUAGACAAAAAGAAAAAAAUAACAAUGAUAGUAAUGAUAGUUAUAAUAAUGAUAAUGAUAAUAGUGAGGAGAACAGCACAACCAGACUGGGGUGGGAUGGCGGAAUAGUACAAAAGGAAAUUCAAAAAAGAGUUGUAGAGCAGAAUGAGAGAUUAAUAAGUAAGAGAAACAUAGUUAAUUAUGAUUAUGAUUCUGACUAUGAUUUGGAAUUAAAGAAGAAAAAAAGAAAAGAAGACCCUAUGAAUGUGUAUGCAAAUGACAAAGGGGAAAACGAAAAAUUAACAUGCCGCUAUCAAACGCCAUAUAACAGGUUUAACAUCUUAGCAGGGUAUAGAUGGGAUGGCGUUGUACGAGGAAAUGGAUUUGAAAACAGACGAUUCAAAGCAUUAAAACUGAAGGAGCAGCAAAGGAGAGUUAUUUAUUUAAACAGUGCAUAUGAUUUGUGA